CACAGGCUUACACUGCGGUGUGAGUAUUACACUUGAAGUUCAAUCGCAAGUUUGCCCAGGUAUAAAAGCCAACUUCAUAGAAAUAUUUCUCAGUCAGUUCCAGCAGCUGCAUUGCCUCACAUCAUCUACUUCGUGUCGAGUCUAUAAGUCGAGCUCCAUUGCAAACUCAAAAUGAAGAUGAUACUUGCGCUCUUUGUCCUUGGAGUCGUCCUGGUCGCCGCCGAGGAUAAGUACACCACCAAGUACGACAACAUCGAUGUGGACGAGAUCCUGAAGUCGGACCGCCUGUUCGGCAACUACUUCAAGUGCCUGGUGGACACCGGAAAGUGCACGCCGGAGGGUCGGGAGCUGAAGAAGUCGCUGCCGGACGCUUUGAAGACGGAGUGCAGCAAGUGCAGCGAGAAGCAGCGCCAGAACACCGACAAGGUCAUCCGCUACAUCAUCGACAACAAGCCGGAGGAGUGGAAGCAGCUGCAGGCCAAGUUCGAUCCCGAGGACAUCUACAUCAAGCGCUAUCGCGCCACCGCCGCCGAAUCCGGCAUCAAGGUGUAACUCCCGAAAGUCCCGGAAUCAAUUCGUUAUACGCAAUGUUAAUUAGGUCUAUGUACACAUCUGUUCAUCAAAAUUAUUUUUACGAUCGUGCGCCGAAUAAAGAGAUUUGUUUUGUA